UUCUCCCUAUCUCACACCAUUCUACGUACUUCUUUAUGUAUUUCAUUAAGCAUAAAUUGCGGGUUUUCGCUUGCUUUAGUUAACUCGUUAUGGCCACUCCUUCCCUACUCUGUCUAGUGAUAACAAUUAUUCUUGGCCAAUGUGCCACCGCUGCCAUUCUUUCCUCAAAGCUGAUUCACAGAUUCUCCCACGAAGUCAAAACGCUUAGGGUUUCAAAAGGUAUGGAGGAAUUACCCCAUCAUUGGCCGUCGACCAGGAAUUUGGAGUAUUAUCGCUUGCUUCUAGACAGUGAUGUCCAUAGGCAGAAAAUGAAGCUGGGUCCUCAGUAUCAACUACUAUUCCCGUCCGAAGGAAGCAAGACAAUGUCUUUUGGCAACGAUCUCGCUUGGUUGCAUUACACUUGGGUCAAUAUAGGGACACCGAGUGUCUCUUUUCUUGUUGCACUGGAUACUGGGACUGAUCUGUUCUGGGUACCCUGUAAUUGUGUUCAGUGUGCUCGUCUGUCAGCUGGUUAUUAUACUAGUCUUCUGGAUAAGGAUCUAAACGAGUAUAAUCCAACCGGAUCAAGUACCAGCAAAGUUCUCAAUUGCAGUCAUCAGUUGUGUGAAAUUGAUCGUUCAAAUUGCAAAAGUCCAAAAACUUGUCCUUAUACAGUUCAAUACUUCUCUGAAGACACGAUUAGCUCAGGAGUUUUAGUCGAAGAUAUACUGCAUCUUGAUUCUGAUGAAGAUGAUUCAAGCAAUGUCUCUGUCAAGGUUCCUGUUAUCAUAGGUUGUGGGAGAAAACAGAGCGGUGGAUUCUUGGAAGGAGCUGCUCCUGAUGGACUUCUCGGGCUUGGACUAGGAAAUAUUUCAGUCCCGAGUUUGCUAUAUGGAUCGGGAAUGGUUCGCAAUUCUUUUUCUGUUUGUUUUAACGCUGAUAAUUCAGGAACUAUCUUCUUUGGGGACCAGGGACCUUCUUCCCAGCAAAUCACUAGUUUCCUGCCAUGGGAUGAAAAAUAUUUAACCUACAUUGUUGCGGUUGAGGAUUGCUGUAUUGGGGGUUCUUGUCUUGUCAAGACAGACUUCAAAGCAGUGGUUGACACUGGAACAUCAUUUACAUUUCUUCCACAGGAAAUGUAUGAGAAAGUUGCCAAAGAGUUUGAUGAACAAAUAAAUGCCACAGCAACAAGCUUUGGAGAAUCUCCUUGGAAGUAUUGCUACAAAUCAAGUUAUGAAGAAACACCCAAGAUUCCUAAAGUGACAUUCAAAUUUGCAUCCAAUAGUAGCUUAGUAAUUCGUAAUCCAGCUUUUUUUAUACACGAUAAUGAGGUACUAGUUGGUUUCUGUUUAGCUAUACAGCCCGCAGAGCUGGAUAAAGCGAUUAUUGGACAGAACUUCUUGACUGGUUACCGGUUAGUGUUCGAUAGGGAGAAUCUGAAGCUGGGAUGGUCUCUUUCUGAUUGUAAAUGUGUUGAUUGUGACGAUAAGAACAUGCCCUUGAAUCCAAAAGAUGGAAACCCUACCCCAUUGCCUACUAAUAGUGAGCAACAGAGUGCUCCAGGAGGAGGGCGUGCAACUGCACCCGUUGAAGCUGGGAAGACGCCAACAAAGUCAUCUUCCUCAUCUGCAUCAACCACGAAUCCACGACGACAAUACUCAUGGUUUUCGAUGAUGGCGAUGGUGAUGGUACUACUUCUACCUUUAUCUUUGCAUCUCGAAAACUGAGAAUUAGGCACUUUGUGUCAAUUUUCUUUGGUGUUUUCUGUCCAUUUUGUUAUUUUACCACUAAUAAUAAUUCAUUUUUUUUCCAUUUCGAACACCAAUAGAUAGACGCCAUAAAGUAAAAUCUCAUUUAAUCA